CCCUUCUAGCCACAACCGACAACCGAAGCGCGCGGAGAAGGAUCAUGUGGCGCAUGCGCAUUGCGGUAGUGGGGAUUUCCAGCGGAACAGAAAGAUGACAGCAUUGAACAUGAAGUUCCUUAUGCACAAACCUCUCCUUAAACCCUGACCAUUUACCCGCUACAGGUGAAAAAGCCUGACGUCUCCAUUCAGCACCCAGUUUAACCUACAUCUCAUGUCAUGUUGCUCCUCCAAAGGUGUUUUGGGUAAAGAGGCAUCCAGAGAUGUCCACUACUGGAGGAAGGAGCCUUGGAUGAGGCAUACACUCAGAUUAAACUAAGCAUACCUUCACUCCCUUUAUACACUCCAUGUACAGCCACGCUUCUUUGUAGGAUGAAUGCAGAUUGCUGAUAUUUGCACUUAAUCCUUGGUCUAUUCGUUAUCAUUGGUCUUCCGGUGUCUAGUGUAGGUUUCGAGAUGGCAAAGUUUGCACUUUAGAGAAGCAUUUGUGUGAUGAGAUAAGAGGUUGAAAACUACCCAGUCCACUGCCACCAAUGGAUGCCAAGUUGCGAGAAGACCUGUUCCAUAGGUAUGUGGUGUCUCUGGAGAAUCGGCUUGAGGUGGGAGCUGGUGAAGGAGACAAGCAAGGAACUAAGACAGAAGAGGCACUGAUUUCUACAGCAACAGCACUCUUAGGCUCAUAUCAGCCAGAUCCAGGGCAACGCUUUCGCAUGUUUCGCUUCUAUGACAUUGUGGAAAAUUCACUACGGACUCAGAGAGGUGCAUCCUUGAAAAGGUUAGAGGCAGCAUUUGCAACACUGGAAAAAAUCUGUACCAACCUACUGCUCUUUCCAUGGAAGAAGGAAUUCCGUUGCAUAAAGACUUUUACAGGGCCAUAUGUGUACCAGUUGCAGUCUGUGAUGUGCGAAGCUGACCUGCGUUCACUGCUACGUUCCUUGGGCUAUUCGAAAGACCAGGAACUGCAGUACCAUGUUAGGGACCAUCCAGGCGGAGCCGCCCACCUUCGACAGCUGGCCUUUGAACUGCUGCUUGCCCAGGCUGAAUGCCGUCUACUUGCAGAAGUAGUGUCCAUGUCUCGGGGUUCUGCUUCGGAGCUAGAGGCUGUGGAGGUAAGGAGAAACACCAGGGAAGAUGCAGCCGGGUGCGCCGAUGCCCUCCACAGACGGGACAGCCUUUCGGGUGACUUGUCCCGCCUCUCUGUCCGUCCAUUGGAUAUCGAACGCGCCCACCUGAGGCGAAGCGGCCGGCCGUCCAAGUCGGUGGAUGUAACCGAUAGUGCAGGACACUGGCACCAGGCCAGCAAGCCAGUGCUGAAGGCCUCGCUCAGUCUUCGUAAAGAACCAUUGUUUGUCGACACAGAAGAGGACAUGAAGGACGAAAUCAUCCGACCUAACCCCUCGCUUUAUCCUGUGGCAGCCCCACCUUCUCAGUACAGUCCAGUGGCAGAUUUCUUCCCUAUUCAGUCGCCACCGUCUGAGCCGUACCCCUACCACUUGUCCUCUCUGGAUGAGGUGGAUCUGUACACCGAGCGUGGGCAUCAGACACCCUCUAGGCCACCGAGCAGAGAGCCACGAGAAUCCCGGGACAGUUGGGUUCUGAAGGGACAUAUGAUGAAGUGCCAGGGCUGUGGCAUUGGCUGCCCUUCGUUGUCCUCUUGCCAGAGGUGUGACAUGAUACUGUGUUCAUCCUGCCACUCAGUGGAGCCAACGCCUUGUUGCGGCUUCCAGGAGUACGCCAAAACUUCCCGACCUCCGGAGGGCUACAUGCCCAUGAAGGAGAAGCUGUCCGUCUACUCUAAUGCCCACUCACACACUCACCCUCAUCCUGUUUCCCAUUCUCAAUCCCAUUCGCUGCUGCUGGACAAAACUGUGAUGAGUGUCAAGUUGUUUCCCAGUAAACCUGUGGGUUCGAGCACCGGUUCCGGGAUCGGCUCGGGCGGCGGCGGUGGCGAGCGACCAAGUGUGGCCGGCUCCCGCUGUGGCUUUUGCAACAAGCCGGGGGCCUCUUACACCUGUGUGAACUGCUCCAAGGUGUCAUGCGACACAUGCUUGAGCCUUUAUGCCAGCGACGUGUGUACCCGCAAAAAUCCUCACCAUAACUUUGUGCCCAAUCACCAGCUCAAUUUUAAAUCCAGCACCAUAUCUCACCUCGUAUAUCGAUAGACCAGGAACACGUUUGUGCACUGCGCCUCAGUUGUUCCUUUUAUCGCCGAUUUAUCCACCCUACUUUUAUUUAUUUUUUAUUUAUUUAUUUAUUUUCCCGCUUUCUUAAUUGACAAAUGUUUUGUUAUGGUAAUGUGAUGUUGCAGUGUAUUACCUAUCACUCAGUAGCUGUAUUUUAUCAAUAAAAGCAAAGGAAAAAUACUAUACCGGAAAAAAGUCCAUCCAGUAUCAGUGUUUGUUAACUUGAAAUGAUCAUGCAGCACAUAGGAACUGUAAAUGACUUUCCCCCGAAACUGAUUUGAACUUUUCAAACUUGAACAACAGAAAAUACACUGGAACUAAAUAGUUUAUAUUUUGAAUUAUAAUCUGUCUAUUGAUCUAACAGGUGGUUUUCUAGGUGAAUGAGGUUUCACUUCAGUGGAUUUGUAUCAGAAAAUCUUGUCACCAUAUUAAGACAAGAAAUGCCUUGUAGGUUUAUACCGAGAAGUCAGCCUACACUGUUGAAAAUGCUGCUGUUGAAAAUAAAUCCAGGAGGGGGCGCAACUGGCCACUAACAUUUUUCUAACUUGGGCCAUGCUUACUACUUGCAAAGUUGAUUACCAGCUCCAGUUUUCUUUAGUUUAAAUCAUUGAAUUUAACAUGCUGACUAAGUUAUUUUUCUAAAUACAUAACAUAAUGAAUAUUUGUUUACAAUUAUCAACUUAAGUAUUACUACUGACAAAGUGUUCAUAUUCACCCUAGGCCUAGAAGAUCAAAGAAGAAUUAAUAUUUUGCAUUAAGCUAAAAGUAAAAGUUUUGUCAGUAUGACUUUAUUUUUCUGACAGUUAAGCACAGUUGUUAUUCAAGUUCUCAUUAUGGGAAACUAAUUCUAUUCUAAUGGUUAUAUGAAGAUAUCAUCAAAUUCUAGUCAUCAUACUGGCGUAUCAGUUCAUAAAAUUGGGCUAAUUUUAAUUUCCUGACUAUAACAAGAUUUUUUAUUUUAAUGUGCCUCAACCAGCAUAACAAAGUCAUUGUGUCUUGUAUAAUUCUCUUUGUUACAUAUCUGUCAUUUUAAAGACCUGAUCGCCCUGCUACCUUAGGUAACCACUAACCUAAAGGUGCUCUAAAUGCAGGACUUGAUGCUUAAUGUCUGUAUGAGGCAUAAAGUAAGGGCCAAAAAAAAAACACUGUCAGGGAAACAGAAACUAGCACAAGACAUGAAGAUGACAGUAUCUUCAGGAUGUGUUUUUGAGUUUGUGAAACAAGUGUGGAUGUUGUUAGCCCUCCAUUGUUGCCAUUCUUUUGUCUCUUUGUCGAAUGAAAUUGUACCUUUGAUUCUGAAUGAUUGGACUUGACACACAAGUGACAGCAUGACUAACCAAUUAAAACUGCUAUGUGCCAAACACUCACAUGCAGACUGUGAAGAUUCAUCUGAGCCAUUUGAAAGAUAUAGAUAACCUACGUGUAAGAAACUUCCUAACACAUUAUUUCCUAUUCUCAUUUUAACCUGUUAACCUGUUUGUUGUGGUGAUGCUGCUGGAGAUGAACUGAUAAUGGUGAUGAGUGUAUGAACCCUGGCAUGUCCCACCCUACCCUUUCAUCCGCUCACGUUGUCUCUGUCCAUGAAGCAUUGUUUAUUGCCGAAGUCAAACUGCUCUUCUGCAAAUAAGUUUUACCUUUAUUGAAAGCUUGAUGAUGCUGGGUGGGUUGUUGCUGAGGGCUGGGAUGGGUGGGCAUGAGGUAUUAGACAAUGUUUGUCAGUGAAAGUAUAAUCCUAUAAAUAUAUAAAUAAAUAAAAGCGAUGAUUUUAUAAAAUA